AAAGGAAACUAUCAGAUGGCGGAAAAAUCUGUCUGCAAAAAGGAAAGUGGAUCAAGAAAUCGGGUUGUUUGGUUUCACAAACGUCCAAACAAAAAGAAGAGAAAUUCCGGAUGUCGAGUUACGACUUAUGGGAAUCUCAUUGUUUUGCAACCAUGCCGUUGUUUGACAUUGUUCUGUGAGGAACCAUCACUUGUGGGUCUUCAACAGCUUCGUAGAAUGGCAAACAGCAAUGGGGAAGCUAAUCCCCCAGUUCAACAAAACAUUCCACCCUUCUCUGUGAGAGAAGUCUACAAAGCAGGCUGGCUCAAGGGUGUUUCGUUCCCCGGUGACAGAAGAGGACUCCUCUUUGGUAAAAAGUAUGAACGUUUGUGGGCCCUUUUCUGCAUACACGAUGACAUCCAGCCAUUCCUGGAGUUCUACACAGAACCCAAAGCCACACCAUCACACCAGCCACUGUGGGCCACCUCGCUGGUCCACUGCAUGCAUGUGUCACACUCAAUCGCUGUCCAAGGUGACACCUUUGAGUUUGUUGUUACCUGUCGAGAGUGCACUGUUCUUCGGCUGGGUGCUUCAUCUCGAGAACAGAUGAAUGAAUGGGUGGACGUCCUCAGAAACCGUCUUCGCGACAUUGGUGUGCUCGAACCGAAAGAGAACUUUUAUUCUCCUCUGCCCGAAGCUGCCAAACCUCCGCCCAACGCCAGCCAUUCAUCGACCAGAGAUCCCAAUUCGCCCCUUCCACUUCCACCAGCCAGCAGGAAUGAAACACGUUCCGAUCAGCAGCAAGUUGUGGACGUCCUUUACGCCGAUACCGUUGAAUCGCAGGUCACAACAGUUCAGACGACUGUCGCCGAAGAGGCCGCUGCGUCACACGUUACCGUCAUUUCAGUUAACGAAGACAUAUUAGAUGAUCCAGUAUUCAUCCUCGACUCGAACGCCGCUCCAGCACCGCCCAGCAUGUUUUCGACUCGUGUUCGCAUCGCCAGCGCUCCCAGUUCAUUACGAGAAUCCAUCGAAAUAGAAAAUAGCUACGAAGCCAUAUUUAAUUCUACCCCUGCAGCUGCCUCUGCCCCAACGACGUCGCCUAUUCCUGCUGCUGUUAGCCAUCGACUACACAGUGGUAGGCAGCUUCCCGAAUUACCUGUCGCACCAGGUGAUCACGGGGUGGUCGUCCGGACACCAUCUCAUCACCUCCAUCCGCUCACACAGCACAUUGUUCAUGGGCAACAACGAACGCGGGAUGGAUUGAGACGCACGAUGAGCAUGGGGCAAGAACAUCAACAUCUUCACCCGAUGCCACGAUCGAUUCCUCCUCCACCGUUACUGCUACAACCGGCGCCUGGCCGCGGGGGACGAGAGGGGGGUCUUGUUCUUUUACCUAGGCCACCGCCACUUUUUGCUGCCUCAACCCCUCAGCCUUCGAGUUCCCACCAUCCGCUUGGCACGCGACACAGCAGUCCUCUGUUCCGCCCGACUCCGUCCAGCCAUCAACCGAACGGCGCAGCUCUGCAGCCGGUCAACGCCAACCACGGCCCAGGUGGAGAUACGGGUUAUUCGCUGAAAGAGCGUCAAGUCGCCCGUCUGCGUAUGGAAAUGCAACAUCCAGCUGGCGUUCGCAUCAUUCUGAAAAAGAGGGACUGUCUCAAUACCAUAGCUUUGAUCGACGCCCUCGGCACCGUUUGGGUGGCCGGAUGGAGGCAAAAAGAGAAGCCAUUGUUGUACAACGUAUUCCACAUAGGAGAUCAAAUCAUGCGCGUCAGCCAUUGCAAUGUCUCGUCUUCUAUUGACGUCAAUCGGUUGAUCAAGAAUGAAUCUUCCGGCCAGAUUGAAUUUAUAGUUCGACGAAUACCUUUUGGUCGGGUGUUUCACCUACGACGCGAGGCCGAAGGUCAAAGUCUCGGGAUCGUUACGGAAGCCGGCGGAGGUGCCGAGAUCCGCGAAGUUGUAGCAGGUGGAUUGGCAGCGCAACAGGGCGUCCCGCCAUUAGCCAUGAAUCCGUUAAUGUCGUCCUCUUCUGCGUCGUCGACGUCACCAAUGUCUUGCUCCUGGACUCUGACUGAAAUCAAUGGCCGGCCACUGAAUCUUUGCUCCAAGGAAGGCGAGGCACGUGAUCGGCUCAAUGCCGUCGGCAAGGCUGUCAGUAUUCUCAUCCAGCCGACCGAAUUCGUGAAAUUACUCAAGAAACAAAUCAAGAGCAUUCGAGGCUACAAGGAUUACCUCCUCGUUUGAAUAGAGAACGAUACAAUUAUUCUGCAAUCUUUCUCUUGUUUCUCUUCUCGCCAACCGUAAACAUUUCCAGCUGAUUAAUUGUACAACGUACCAACUGUUAAUAACCUUUUCUUGUUUGUUUGGUUGAUUUUUUCUUUUUUUUUUUUUUUUUUUUACAGUUUUUGUGCUUUUUUUUCCGUCUCUAACAGCUUUUGUGACUGUGAUACUUCAAAUAUUGU